CUGUCAAAUCAACAUUGAAUUAUUUGUAUUGAAACAUUUUUAUUUUUCUCGUUCCUUUCUUUGACCGACACGUUGUGUGUGUACGUCGUAUUGGCUGGACUGUCUCGUGCCUUUUAAGGGCCUAUUAUGGAUAAGGUGUAAAAGAGGUGUAUACGCUGGAAGAUCAAAUGGCCUUGCGGGCUUUUUUUCUUCGCUUUUCUGACGGUCGUUCGGUUUGGAAACACAUGGAGCCUCUGCCGACGUGAUAUCUCAACAGUCUACCGCCGUCUGUGGCCCCGUCAUGUUGUUAGUCAGACUCAUUCCAUCAGAGUAAAAACACCGACUACCUGUUAAAAGAUCUGGCUGUUACUGCCUAGAUCACCGAACAUCUGCAAGCAGACAACACAACUUCCUAGAAUCAUCACGCAGUGAGUGUCAGUGAGAAAUGAGUGCCCCUGCGCCAGCAAAGCCAAGUGGGAUAAAGCCCCCAACGACUAGAUUGGCUAGGCCAUCUGUUACGUCGAAACCAGCUUCAAAUGGAUCCUCAGGAGAGAAUAUGUCUAGACUGUCCAGUGAAGAUUUGCCCAAAAAAAAGACAGAUAGAAAUGAGGGGCUUGAUGAUGGUGACCUUGAUCGGGUAAGCGACUUACCGUCCUUGCCAGGUAGUCGUAAAACGAGCAAGGAUAUGAUGAGAAAACUCUCGGAUGGUUCUAGUAGUGCUCUUGAUGCGGCUUAUGAAUUGGCACGUCGGCUGAGCGAAGCCGGUGUUCGUCGAAUGUCAGACGCCAAUUUGAUCCUGACGACGGACACGGAUAGUUUCAUUAUAGGCCAAAACGUCUACGUCAAUGGCAUCAAGCCGGGGAAAAUCCAAUUUAUUGGCGAAACGAAGUUCGCUCCUGGCGAGUGGGCCGGCAUUGUGCUGGAUGAUCUUUCCGGCAAAAAUGAUGGUUCGGUUGGCGGAGUUCGUUAUUUCCAGUGCCAGCCGAAAAAAGGUGUUUUCUCACGGUUGGGAAGACUUACCCGUCAACCACUUGAUGCCAUCCAAUUGGCCGCUCUUCAGUCUCAGCAGUCGCAACCACCUGCCGCUAGUGAAAACGGAGAUGAAUCAGUGGCUGGCUCUGCGAGUACUAACGGUACUAAUGGUACUUCGUCUGCAUCACCAGCGGCGACUCCAUCAACUUCAGUUGUCAGUGUUCAAUCGAUUGGCGACCUCCGACUAGGAGAUCGAGUGAUUGUUACCAGCAGUCAGGGUUCUAAGGCUGGUAUACUACGCUAUCUGGGCACAGCCGAGUUUGCAGCUGGCCAGUGGGCUGGUGUGGAGUUGGACGAUCCAUUGGGCAAGAACGACGGAGCUGUGGCCGGCACGAGAUACUUUGACUGUCAACAGCACUACGGUCUCUUCGCUCCUAUACACAAAGUUUCCCGCUCACCGGCCAAUCACAUGCGACGCACAUCAGGUGCCAUGAACACCUCCAUGUCCUCUUCAUUGAGCCAGCCAAGGGUUGGUGGAGCAUCGCGAACGGGUACGAGAAGAGAUUCAGAAUCUGCCAGUGUCACUUCGGUUGCGACUUCACGCGCCAGCACGGCCAUCAGCCGGGUAAGGUCCACUAUCAACAAUCCACGACUGGGCGUCAAUUCCCUAACCAAUUCACCCACUCACCAAUCCAAUCGCCAGAAAACAAGCCGGCCUUCAGUUGGGGGAUCAGCACACACUCACCAGGAUUUGCUGCGAGAAAGAGAUCAACACAUCGAGCAGCUGAUGAAAGAGCGCGAAAUGGAACGGAGUGAAGUGACCCGUGCAGCAGCCCAGGCCGAUGAGGCCGAACACCAAUUAGCCGUGCUCCAGCGUCGAUACAAUUUGGAAAAAGAGGAAUUUACAGCCAAAAUUGCCGAAGUGGAACGUUUGUUAUUGGCAGCCGAAUCGAUUCGAUCAUCGCAAGGAGCCCAAAUUGAUGAUCUGCAAUUCCGGCUAGAGGAAGAAACUAUUCUCCGUGGCGAAAUUGAGGCACAACAAAAAGGAUUAGAUGAUAAAGAAAAGGAAUGGGCUCGGCAGGUGGAACAGCUGGAAACUGAGGCACAACGUUGUUUUGAAGCAGAAGAAUUGGCCGCGCGUUAUAAGGAUGAGUUGGAUGCAUUGCUAGCCAAAAGCCAGCAACAAGAGUCGUCCACCUCUGAGAACGAUCAGUCAGAUGGACGUAUCCGGCAACUGGAGGCUUCUGUUCAGGUCAAAGAAAAUGAGCUCACUCAACUCAAGAAUUCCAUGCAAGAACUGACGAAAUCACUAGAGGCGGAGCAGGUCAAAAACAACGAUACCGAAAAACGUUUCCAGGCUUUGGAAGGAGAGCUACAAAUCGCUAGGACGUUACUCAAUGAGGCAAAGAAUACCGUUGAAACGGAAUGGAAGACCAAAGCGGAAAUCCUUGAGCUCCAAAAUGCUGAAAAUCAAGAACAAUUGGUCAAACUCAACGAAGAGAAAAUGCAAUUCGAAACGCGGCUGAACGAAGCCCAAGCCUUAUUGAGUCGUUCGCAAGACGCCGACAUCUCGGAAUCUCAUGAACUGAAAGCAAAACUUGAGGAAAUGAUACGUCAGUAUGCCGCUAGCCAAGAGCAGGUAUUAAAAUUGAAUGAAGAAAAGAGCCAACUUGAAUUACAGCUGACAGAUUCUUUGGCGACAUCGAAUCAAACGAGGCAUACUGUGGAAACGGAGGUGAACGAAUUAAAGAUGAAAUUAGAUGAGCUGGAACGACAAGCAGCCAAGAGUGAAGAGCAGCUUUUCAGCUUAGACGAGGAAAAAGUGCAGCUUGAAUUACAAUUGGCAAAUGCACAAGCGGCUAUCGCUGAAUCAGAAGAGGCUAAAAGAGCUGAGGUCGAAUCGAAUAAGCAAAAACUGGAAGAAAUUACGAAACGAACUGAAACAUUAGAACGCCUAGGAGCGGAAAGUAGUGAACGAUUGAAACAGGUAGAAGAGGAAAAAAUCAAACUCAAUACAGAAUUGGAAAAAGCUCUCUCAUUACUGGAAGAAUUGAAAGAAACUUCCAAAACAGAAACAGAUACGAGCAGGUUUGAAUUUGAAGAACUGAAAGCUCAAUAUGAUGCCCUGGAAGUUCAACGAACAGAAAUUCAAAUUCAAUUGGCAAAUGUUGAAAAAGAAAAAAUUAAAUCCGAAGACGAAAGGGUUAAACUUGAUGCAGAAUUGCAGUCUGUGAAAGUUUUGUUAGCCGAAUCGAAAGGAACGGCCACAACUGAAAUAGAAGCAACGAAGAAUGAAUUUGCAGAAUUAAAAAUUAAAUAUGGUACGCUAGAACGCCAACUGGAAGAAGUCAAGACGGAACUAGAAAAUCUUCAACGAAAAAAAAUUAAAUCCGAUGAGGAGAAAGCAAAACUGGAGGCAGAAUUGAAAACCGUCCAACUUUCAUUAUCCGAGUACAAAGAAGCUAUGAAAGUAGAGGCAGAAAAGAAACAAGUCGAAUAUGAAGAUCUCAAAGGUAAAUGUGAAAAUUUGGAACGUCAGCAUGCGGAAGUCAAAGUACAAUUGUCCAAUAUUCAAGAAGAGAAGAUUAAAAUUGACGAAGAGAAAUCACGACUUGAUGCCGAACUACAAAUGGCGCAGCUUUCAUUAUCAGAAUCAAUAAAAGCCACUACAACAGAAGCAGAAAAGAAUAAAUGUGCAUUUGAAGAAUUAAAAGCUCAGUGUGAAAUCUUAAAACUCAAAGAAUCAGAAAUGGAAAUUCAACUGGCAAAUCUAAUAGAAGAAAAACGCAAAUCGGAAAUGGAACUGCAAAAAAAAUAUGAAGAGGAACAUGAAAUGUGGAUAAAGAAAUUCGAUGAUUUGGAAAGACAGAAAGCGACAAAUGAGCAGCGUCUGACCCAAAUCGAUGAGGAAAAAUCACGUCUAGAAACGGAAUUGUUGAGGUUAUCCAGCAAAUCCAGCGAUACAUCACAAGAUCUAACCCGUCUUCAUGGCGAAUUGAUGGUCGCCCGCCAAACAUCAGCUGAUUGGCAAUCGCAAGCAUCUAAACUGGAACUGGAAAAAACGAGUCUGGAGCAACUGAAUUCUGCAUUUUCUUCUGAUCUUCAGAACAGCAAAAAAGAGAUUACUGAACUCAUUUCAGUUAAAACAGAAAUCGAACUUCAAUUGGCAAAUCUGAAAGAAGAAAAGAAUAAAUCAGAAAUGGCACUGCAAAAAGUAUGCAAGGAAGAAGUUGAAUCAUGGAAACAGAAAGUCGACGAUUUUGAAAAGCAAAAAACUACCAACGAUCAGCGUCUUGCUCAACUCGAUGAAGAAAAAUCCCGUCUCGAAUCUGAAUUGUUGCAGCUGUCCAGCGUGUCUAGCAAUACUUCUCAAGAUUUGACUCGUCUUCGAGGCGAACUCGUGUCUGCCAACGAAACCUUGGUCGAAUCACAAUCUCAAGUGUCUAAACUGGAACAGGAAAAAUCAAGUCUCGAACAAAUCAAUGCCACUCUUUGUUCCGAUCUCCAGAAUCUAGAAGAGAGAAUAUCUGAACUGUCUUUAGCCAAAAUAGAACUCGAACGGCAAAUAAAGGAAGAGAACCAAAGUCUGAAGGAUUUCCAAGCCCAAUAUGAAAAGGAUAAGUCAGAAUGGGAUCGGUUGAGUAAGGAACUCCAUGAAAACAUGCAAAGUAAAACUAAGGAAAUCACUACUCUAACUGCAGUCCUAGAACAAUUAAAAACCCAACUUCAAAAUGCUAAUGAAUCUUUGGUCGAAAUGGAAGCUCAAUCGCUGAAUGAAAAAUCUGAAUGGGAAAAAACGAAUAGCGCGUUAGUUUCCGAUCUGACCAGCAAAGAGAAGCAUGUCACCGAUCUAAUUUCGGUUAAUGAAAAAUAUGAAAGCGAAUUGAAUAUUGCCAAAGAAGAGUGCAGUCGAAUGAAGCAAUUACUACAGAGCCUUGAAGCUCAUCAACAGGAAUCUUUGGGUGGAAUGGCUGAACUUCAAAAAUCCAUCGCCGUUCUAGAAGUAGAGAAAUCAAAUUGGCUGGCUGAGAAACUUCGACUGGAAGGAUCCAUUGCCCAGUUUGAGACGCGGCUCUCCAGUUUAUCAAAUGAAAAGGAGAAAUCUGAUCGCACAAUUCAGGAACGUGACAACCGAUUGGCCAAGUUGACGGAAGAGGUGACGCUCUUGCAACAGAAAUUUACAGCUCAUAUUGCAGAACUGGAACAAAAGCUGAAGGAGAACCGGAAAACGGAAGAAACGGAACAGGAGCUACAGGCAGCGUUGGUUGAAGCCAGAGCUCGCGCAGACGAAAUUCAAAGCGCUCUGGAGGAAAGUCAGAAAAAUGAAAAAGAACUGCUGAAGGUACGCGAACAGCUGAUUUCAGCCAACAAGUUGCACGAAGAGUUUGUCGAGCAAAAUCAAAAAGAAAAGAACGAACUCAAGCAGCGCAUGGAAGAACUCGCUGCUGCAAAAGAGUCUAUGCAACUUCGAGAACUGAAGCUACAAGAAGAGCUAACUUUGUUAAAACGACAAGUUGAUGAACAGACCAGUAGAUUGAAGGGUCAGCUCGAUGACACCAAGAAAGAAGCUGAGAUUACUCUCCAGCUGUUCCAGGAUUUGGAAGAUGCCAACAAACGGAUCAAAGAGUUGCAAUCCAAUUUGGAGGAAAAUGACCAAAAGCUGAUAGAACUGCAGGAAGUAUCUCUACAAGUCAAAAGUUUGGAGGACACACUUGCCCUUAAGACGAUUGAGUUGAAGGAAGAGAUGGAGGACCGUGACAAAGCUGAAGACAGAGUUCUGAGAUUGACGGAAUGCUUAGCCGUAAAAGAAAAAGAGCUCGAGGCCUUACGGCUGGAGGCUGUUAGCUUAAAGAAAUCCACCACCGAAGUUUCACACCUGUUAACAGCAUUUUCGACCGUAGACCGGGAAAAGAAGCAACUAGAAGCCAAAGUAGUGGAAUUACAAGUGGCUGCUGCUGCGGCUUCUCGAGGUGCCGGAGCUGAUGCCGCUGAUACCGAUGUUCGAAUCAAGAAACUGAUGGAGGAUUACGAAUACAAGGAACAAGAAAUUAAGUUCCUCAAUUCCGUGAUUGUGGAUAUGCAAAGGAAAGUGGAGGAUCUCAAUGUCAAACUAGAAAUUAGCCAAGCAACGUUGUUAGGGCAGAAUGUGCUGACACCAGAAAAUAAUCGGAAUGGUGUUAAAAGUGAAGCCAAAGUCCCAAGAUUGUUCUGUGACAUUUGCGACCUGUUUGAUUUGCAUGACACGGAAGAUUGUCCUACGCAAGCAUCCGAGGAUUUCGAAAUCUCGCCACCUUUCUUGAAUCAACGACCUUCCGCCACCUUCAACCAAAAUUCACCCAACCAUAACCAACAUUCACAUCAUGGAGGGACUAGGGGAGCUACGCGACCUUAUUGUGAUAAUUGUGAAGUAUUUGGCCAUCAGACCAAGGACUGCAUAGAAGAAGCAACCUUUUAAGUGGGGCAAUUGUUUGUUUUUUGUUUUGUUUUUUGAACACUUGUUGUCAUCCUAUCGCAGGUGCCAAUUUCUACAAAUAGGUUUUUCUCCUCCACUUACCUGUGCCUUCGCGUAACGGUGGUUCCUUCACCGAACAAGAUCUGCUUUAAUAAGAAAUAUAUUAGCUACUCAUAGAUUUAUGCAAAACCGUGUAUUUAAACGAUGCUUCCAUGUGUUUAUUUGUGAAUUAUUAGUUUUCUAUUCUAAGCCCUCUCGCUUUUCUCGUACGGCGUCCUACAUAAAGAAAUUUUUUAUAUUGUUAUUAUGCUGUUUGUUCUUAGACUUGAAUACAAAAAUAUUACGCGAAA